AUGAGGGUGAAGCGUCAACGUGAAACCCUGGAGCCUGACAUUUAUUUAACCCUAAGGACGAAAAGGGCCAUCAAAGAUAGCCCUAAAGAGAUUUUCAAUUGGUAUCUUCUGGCUUGCACAUGCAUAUGGAGUUUCUCGGGUGUUGCCAAAGGUUUCGAUGAAGGCUGUGUAUGGCUUACACAACGCUUUGGGCGCACAGGGACCUUUCAGUUCUUCACUGUCGUUUAUAUGGCUGGAGUUUUUGUUCAAACGUUCAGUAAUAAGCUCAGUGUCCUUUACGCCACGCGUGUCAUCUCUGGAAUCGGGAUCGGCGCGACCACUGUUCUUCCUUCAGUCUACAUCGCAGAGAUAUCUCCCCAACCGAUCCGAGGUCUCCUGACUCUUCAGUAUACAUGCUGUCAACAACUGGGUGUUGUCUUCGGAUUCUUUUUCAACCAUGGUGUUACGAAAUACCAUGCAGGAACAAGCCUCCAAUGGCAGUUACCUACUGCUCUACAACUAAUUCCUGCCUUGAUUUGGGGUGUUGGCACUUUCUGGACUCCUGAGACGCCUCGCUUUCUCCUCAGUCAGAAUAAGAAGACUGAAGCACUAGCUGUCCUGUCAAGAUUUCGAGGGCUUCCAGAGGACCAUCCUUACGUUCAGAGCGAGUUCCAGGGCAUUGAGUCACAGCUGAAUCACGAGAUUGAGGUUGUUGCGGGUGCGAACACCUGGGAUCUCAUCAAAGAAACAUUUGCCGAUAUCAGCAACCGUCGACUACUGUUCUCCGUUUUUGUCAUUGAUUUCAUUGGCCGACUUACCAACGGUUGGACCCCUGAGGAGAUUGAGGCCAGUUCCUCCUCCAUGGCAGCCAGCCGCGCAGCUAUCGCCGCCAUUUACAUCUAUGCCAUCGGCUGGUCUAUUGGCUGGUUCUCAAUUCCGUAUCUCGUCUCAGCUGAAGUCUUUCCCAUCCGCAUCCGCUCCAUCAACGUUUCAGUUUUGAUGGCGGCCCACUGGGCCUUUUAUUUUGGCUGUUCGCGUGCCAUGCCUUCACUGUUGGCUGCAACUGAGAGAUACGGCGCUUUCAUGUUCUUCAUGAGCAUCUGUAUUUGUUCCCUCGUCUACGUUUACUUCGCCAUGCCUGAGACCUCUGGACGAUCUCUCGAGAGUAUGGACAAGUUGUUUGAGAGGCCUUGGUACACUGUACAUAAGAUUGCAUAUCCUACCGUGGAUGACCUGAAGCCUGCGGCUCGCGAGAUUCUUGAGCCUGACAUGAAGGACCAGGAGUCUGUUGUCUCAAAGCAUAUCGAGAACCACUAUUAA